CAGCAGACCAGCACGCUAGCGCGGCCGCAAGCUAGAGCGCGCGGAUCUCGACGCCACCUUGUGUCGGGCAGGGCAGCAGCAGCUAGCCCACUCCGGUGUGGUGGUGUGUGCUCCUCGUGGCUCGCCGGAUCACGUGGCAUGGGGGACACGUCGCACACUCCCCCCACACUCGCGCACACGUACACUCGGUCUCGGAUUCUCUCGCUCUUUAAUAAAUCGAGAGCUACUGAGUGGGCUAGUGGCUGCUGGAUAACUGUGGAGGAGGAUCAUAUCAGGCGACGAUCGAUGGCGCUUUCGCCGGCGGCGGCUGGCCGUACCGGCCGAAACAACAAUAACGACGCCGGCCUCGCGGACCCUCUGCUGCCGGCUGGCGGCGGCGGCGGCGGCGGUAAGGACAAGUACUGGGUGCCCGCCGACGAGGAGGAAGAGAUUUGCCGCGGCGAGGACGGCGGCCGCCCGCCGGCGCCGCCGCUGCUGUACCGGACGUUCAAGGUCAGCGGCGUCCUCCUCCAUCCCUACAGGUUACUGACCUUAGUCAGGCUGAUCGCCGUCGUCCUCUUCCUCGCAUGGCGCCUGAAGCACCGGGACUCCGACGCCAUGUGGCUCUGGUGGAUCUCGAUCGCCGGCGACUUCUGGUUCGGCGUCACCUGGCUGCUCAACCAGGCCUCCAAGCUCAACCCCGUCAAGCGCGUCCCCGACCUCUCCCUCCUCAGGCGGCGCUUCGACGACGGCGGCCUCCCCGGCAUCGACGUGUUCAUCAACACCGUCGACCCCGUCGACGAGCCGAUGCUCUACACCAUGAACUCCAUCCUGUCCAUCCUCGCCACCGACUACCCCGCCGACCGGCACGCCGCCUACCUCUCCGACGACGGCGCGUCGCUGGCCCACUACGAGGGGCUGAUCGAGACGGCGAGGUUCGCCGCGCUGUGGGUCCCGUUCUGCCGGAAGCACCGCGUCGAGCCGAGGGCGCCCGAGAGCUACUUCGCGGCGAAGGCGGCGCCGUACGCCGGGCCGGCGCUGCCGGAGGAGUUCUUCGGCGACCGCAGGCUCGUGCGCCGGGAGUACGAGGAGUUCAAGGCGCGGCUCGAUGCGCUGUUCACUGACAUUCCGCAACGAUCGGAAGCGAGUGUUGGCAAUGCAAACACCAAAGGCGCGAAGGCCACUCUGAUGGCAGAUGGGACCCCUUGGCCAGGGACAUGGACCGAGCCAGCAGAGAAUCACAAAAAAGGACAGCACGCCGGAAUCGUUAAGGUAAUGUUGAGCCAUCCGGGUGAAGAGCCUCAGCUCGGCAUGCCGGCGAGCUCCGGCCACCCUCUGGACUUCAGCGCCGUCGACGUGCGCCUCCCGAUACUGGUCUACAUCGCCCGGGAGAAGCGGCCGGGAUACGACCACCAGAAGAAGGCCGGCGCCAUGAACGCGCAGCUGCGCGUAUCCGCGCUGCUGUCGAACGCGCCCUUCAUCUUCAACUUCGACGGCGACCACUACAUCAACAACUCCCAGGCGUUCCGCGCCGCCCUGUGCUUCAUGCUCGACUGCCGCCACGGCGACGACACCGCAUUCGUCCAGUUCCCGCAGCGCUUCGACGACGUCGACCCGACCGACCGGUACUGCAACCACAACCGCGUCUUCUUCGACGCCACGCUGCUCGGCCUCAACGGCGUCCAGGGCCCGUCCUACGUCGGCACCGGCUGCAUGUUCCGCCGCGUCGCGCUCUACGGCGCCGACCCGCCGCGGUGGAGGCCGGAGGACGACGACGCCAAGGCGCUGGGCUGCCCCGGCAGGUAUGGAAACUCGAUGCCGUUCAUCAACACGAUACCGGCGGCGGCGAGCCAAGAACGGUCCAUCGCGUCGCCGGCGGCGGCGUCGCUCGACGAGACGGCGGCCAUGGCGGAGGUGGAGGAGGUGAUGACGUGCGCGUACGAGGACGGGACGGAAUGGGGCGACGGCGUCGGGUGGGUGUACGACAUCGCGACGGAGGACGUGGUGACCGGCUUCCGGCUGCACCGGAAGGGGUGGCGGUCCAUGUACUGCGCCAUGGAGCCCGACGCGUUCCGCGGCACGGCGCCGAUCAACCUCACGGAGCGCCUCUACCAGAUCCUGCGGUGGUCGGGCGGCUCGCUCGAGAUGUUCUUCUCCCGCAACUGCCCGCUCCUCGCCGGCUGCCGGCUGCGCCCCAUGCAGCGCGUCGCGUACGCCAACAUGACGGCGUACCCGGUCUCGGCGCUGUUCAUGGUCGUCUACGACCUCCUCCCGGUGAUCUGGCUCUCCCACCACGGCGAGUUCCACAUCCAGAAGCCGUUCUCGACGUACGUCGCCUACCUCGUCGCCGUCAUCGCCAUGAUCGAGGUGAUCGGCCUGGUCGAGAUCAAGUGGGCGGGGCUCACCCUGCUCGACUGGUGGCGCAACGAGCAGUUCUACAUGAUCGGCGCCACGGGGGUGUACCUGGCGGCGGUGCUGCACAUCGUGCUCAAGAGGCUCCUCGGACUGAAGGGCGUGCGGUUCAAGCUGACGGCGAAGCAGCUGGCCGGCGGCGCGAGGGAGAGGUUCGCGGAGCUGUACGACGUGCACUGGUCGCCGCUGCUGGCGCCGACGGUGGUGGUGAUGGCGGUGAACGUGACUGCCAUCGGCGCGGCGGCGGGGAAGGCGGUCGUCGGGGGGUGGACGCCGGCGCAGGUCGCCGGCGCGUCGGCGGGGCUGGUGUUCAACGUGUGGGUCCUGGUGCUGCUCUACCCGUUCGCGCUCGGGAUCAUGGGGAGGUGGAGCAAGAGGCCGUGCGCGCUCUUCGCGCUGCUCGUGGCCGCGUGCGCGGCGGUCGCGGCGGGGUUCGUCGCCGUCCAUGCCGUGCUCGCCGCCGGCUCCGCCGCGCCGUCCUGGUUGGGAUGGUCUCGUGGCGCCACUGCCAUUUUGCCGUCAAGCUGGCGACUUAAGCGGGGUUUCUGAUUGAUGCAAUCGGUUGAAACUUGAAAGUAUUUUGGAAUGCGGAUCCCUGUGAGAAUCCUACAGUUCUCUGAGAAUUUUGCUCUGUUUCAAAGGGGCUUUUGUCACAAGUAAUUUUGGAAUAUAGCAAACGUUGAUUUCAAUCGUCUCUA